AUGGCAUUCAACGGCAGCCGCGGCAUCAAUGCCACCAACAACAACGGCGACCAGCAGAGGCUCGACUCUGUACUUGCUCCUUACCGCAAGAACAGAAAGCUUCUGAGAGUGAAGAACCUCCCGUUUGCGGAGACCAGGGACCGCGUCGAGGCCUUCCUCAAGUCGAAGCUCACCAAUUCGGAAUCUGCCAGCUUCAACUGGCCUCCCUCGGGUCGCACUCCGGGUCACGAUGGAGUCGUGUUCAUCUCCUUCAGAGAGCGCAACGACUGUGUCAGGGCCGACCGAGACCUCAAAGGAGUCAUAUACCCAGGACAAAGAGGCCCCCGCGAGUUGAUCGUCCAGUUAGACAGAGGCAGAACCCUCGCUAUUCCAGCAGCUGCUAGGGACAGGAUUCGCAGCCCCGACACAGCCAACAGCACUACGGAAAGGCCUGAGCAACAGGUGCUCGUCCCUGCCUCCUCCCCGGGUAUCACAGCCGAAGUUCCAUCUCUUUCCCGAACAGCUCAGCAACAAAUGCCACUCUCAGUUCCGUCUCCAGGCCCCACAGCCGGAGUUCCAUCUGUUUCCCGAACAACUCAGCGAUAUGACUUCGACACGGCUCGACGAGCCUUCGACUACAUUGAAUCUGGACUCGCUGCUCCAACUGACGCUGAACGCAUGCGGCUUUCACAAGAGUUCUUUACCAACGAGAUGAAGAUUAGAUCGGAGAGAUAUGGUAACGACGGUGGUCUGGCCUCAGAGAUCUCCGGCGCUGUCGUUUCCGCCGCGCCCCCUCUUUCUUCUCCUGCUCCUGCUCGCACAGCCGAUGAGAUUUCUUCCUCUGCUGCCCCGACGGUCUUGAUGCUCAAUCCGCGGCCAGCAAAUCCUACUGGCAUAUCCUCUCGGACAGAGUUUCAAACCUGGAAAGCCUUCGUCGGUGCCCCGGGUGAUUCAGACGAUGAUGACGAGAACAAUGGUGGCGCCAGACUUGGCUAUUACUAA